AUGGAAAGCAAAUCGCCACCGAGCAAGCCGAUGCUACAGCAGGUGGUCUCCUCAUCGCAGCCGAAGAAGCUGCAGCUGGUCGUCACCGGCUAUGAGAUCAGACUCGAUUCAUCCUUCACACCGUUUGCUGCCUACUUGAUCGCCGUGCGAGAUGGACGCAAGCAAUGGAAGGUGUUCAGGCGCUACAAUCAAUUUUAUGAGCUUGAUGCCAAGCUGCGAGAGAAGUUCCCCAGCGAAAGAGACAAGUUGCCCAGCCUGCCGGGCAAGCACCACAACUUCUUCCGCAACUCAUCCACCAACCCCAAGGUCAUCUCUGAGCGCAAGGGCCUGCUGGACAAGUACCUCACCGAGGUGCUCAAGGUGGACGCCAUCGCGCGAAGCAAGAUCCUCAAGCGCUGGCUCGAUCCGGGAAUCAACCCUGGCCAGUUCUCUUUCUCGAAUCCAGAUAAGGCCGGAUUCCUAUGGAAGGAGGGGCAUGUGGUGCGAAGCUGGCGCAAGCGCUGGUUCGUUCUGUGCGAUAAUCUGCUCUACUACAUGCGAGAGAAAGAGUCAAACGAACCCGUCGGGAUUGUUCCUCUGCGAGGCAGCGUGGUGCGGGAGGCACCCGAGCGAGAGAUCAAUUAUUGCAUGGAGAUUCGACCAGACGCCUUCAAGGGCUUGCCAACGUUUUAUCUUUAUGCCGAGUCGCGGGAAGACUACCAGUCGUGGUUGCGUGCUCUCGUUGACGCUGCCCAGCAGUCGAGCCUCAAUUCCUCGCUCUCGUCCAUCGAAAAGUACUACUCGCGUUUUUUUUUGUUUUCGUUUUUUCAGUUCAUUUCCUCGAAAAUCAGCUCAGUGUGCCACUGGCUAACUACCUUGCCUCGGCCACAACUCUCCCACCAACGCAGCCGCAUACGAAAAAAGAGCUACCACAUUCGAAAGAACAGCAGCGACCUCAAGAACUUCAUGGAUCGGGGGUUGGAGAGCCCCUUCUCCAAGAAACGAAGUAUCAGCGUGCGAGCACCCGCCUCGCCGCGGAGUCUCGCCCGUGACUCGGAAGCGGUCAACGUGCGCACGAAGAGGGCGCACGCGAUGGACGACAUAUUCGCUUAUGAGGAUGAUAGUGACAAUCACGUGACGGAACUCGAUCGGGAGAGGAGCGUGGCCGCCUCGGCGCCGGCCAACACGUCACCCAUCGCGCUCGAGAGACGACGACGCGAGGAGGAGCGCGAGCGGGAGAAGAAGGAACAGAAGGAGCGCAAGCGAGCGGCCAAACAGGAGAAGGAGCUGGCGCGUCAGCGCGACGGUACCCGACGAGUGGAGCGAGUGCACGACAUCGAACGGGCGCGCUCGCUCACGCUCUCCACCUUCAAUUUUGAGGCGCGAUUGGAGGCCACCAAGAAGCAAGUCGACGAGGAGAUCGUGCAGCUGCUUCGAGGCAUUCGCAGCAAAGAAUACGAAACGGACAAGCACAGAACUGUCAAGGAGAACUUGGACCGUGUGAUGGAGAUCGCUGAACGCAUCCUCGCCAUGACCCUUGAUGAGCUCAAGGAGGGUGGCAAGUGUAUGUACGUCAUCGAGGACAUUCAAUCGAUCAUCCACUCGUCCUACGGAGAGAGCAAGAAGUUGGCCCAGCGACUACUCUUCCUGUUCUCCCCAUGCUCGCGUAUGGUCGGACACCACUCUCGCACGCUGAGCGUGUCCUCAGAGUUCUCCGUGCCCAGAAAUGUGGACAGUAAGGACAAGCCCUUCUGUCAAGCCGCACUCAUGUCCAUGUGCACACUGCUGGCCGGUGCCGUGGGGGGCUCGCUCUCGCUCGUGGUAGAGGUGGGCACCAUCACCACGGGAUCGCACGAGAACUUGGUGAUGGAGGAGGACGAGGAGCCGAGCCCGGGCGAAUCUGUCCCCAUGGACAAGGAACUCGACCCCGAGCCCGAGCCCGAGCCCAAGGAACCCCAGGCCGAGCCCGUUGUGGCGCCUGUGGGGCCGAGCAAAAAGGAGAGGGAGCCCUCCAAGCUCUCCAUCGAGGGUCGCUCCUCUCCGCGGGUGUCGCCCCGCGAGCGGCUCUCGCCAAAGGCGACGUCGCCCGCGCUCUCGCCGACGUCGUCCCUCUCGCCCACGCCGUCGCCCCCCGACGACCCGCAGCCCAAGAAGUCGCGCACCAUGGCGCUGGCCGCGGAGGAGGAGGCUCACAAGAAGCUAUCCAACUCAGCCAACGCUGUGCUCGUCCGUCCCGUGAAGACGGAGAGUCCAGCCAGCCAUGUGGUGCCCUCGCUUGCGCUGAAGGAGCUCAAGGAGGACAAGGCUCUCCAUCGGGCUUCGUCCGCUCUCGCUCACACGCGAAGCAACUCGAAUCCACCAGGCAACCUCCACCAGAUCCACUCCUCGCCGCAUUUGGGCGAAGUCUUGCAAAACCUGUCGGGCGACAAUCACUCGGCCCGAUCCGCGCCCGUGUCCCCCUCGCUCGGAUCCAACCCCUCCAGCAACUCUGGCACUCCUCUCUCUGGCUCCCGACGAAAGAAGAGGACCUACGUCGUGUGCCGAUUGUGCGAAGAGGAGAUUCAGGCAGAUCUGUUGACGGAGCACAAUACCUACUGCCAGCUCAUCUUCCAAAAGUGCGAGCGGGACCGAUGUACUCCCGACACCAAGAUCCAGCUCCUGUCGCAGAUCAUGUCCGACCUGACCGAAAUGAGCGAGCGUUCUGUCGAUCGAUUCGAGGAGGGGACGCUCGACUCGCACAUUUCGGGUCUGCUGCAGGAGCUCGAGGGCCUCACCAAGGGGGACGUCAAGCAGGUCACCUUUGGAAAGCGAAUGGUCAAAAUGCUCGAUGAGCUUUCCGCGUGUCCUCCGCCGCCCAAGACGCCUCCGCCAUCGCUGACCGAGUCGCCCGGCAGCCACAUGCCCGCAAGUAUCAAGUCCAAGUUCGAUCCCGAGAAGAACAAGACCGGCCUCCUGCGCAUCCUCUCCAUCUUCGGCGGCAAAAACGGACACCGCGGUGUCAAAGAUGACGAGGUGGCGUCCCCGAUGCCGACGCCGCGAGAGCCAGACCACGAAACGGAGGCCGAUCGCGCCCACGCGCCCAUGAACAGGCGACAGCGCUCCGGCAGCAUCGGAGGCACCAGCCGCACCACGAUUGAAGACUUUGAAAAGAUCAAAAUGAUCUCUCGCGGUGCCUUCGGUAAGGUGUAUCUGGCGAGGAAGCGGAAGACUGGAGACGUCUACGCCAUCAAGAUGCUCAAGAAGGACGACAUGGUGCGCAAGAACAUGGUGGAACACGUCAUGGCCGAGAGGGACAUCAUGGCGGGCAACAACAACUCGUUCGUUGUCAAGCUCUACUACGCCUUCCAGUCCGAGAAAUAUCUGUAUCUGGUGAUGGAAUACUUGAACGGUGGUGAUCUGGCGUCGCUGCUGCAGAACCUGCAGUACUUCGACGAGAACAUGACGCGGCAGUAUAUCGCCGAGACGGUGCUGGCUCUGGAGUAUCUCCACGCGCGCGAUAUCAUCCAUCGUGACCUCAAGCCGGACAACAUGCUGAUCGGCAACGAUGGCCAUGUGAAGCUCACCGACUUUGGGCUGAGCAACCUGGGCCUGCUCGACGACUCCACGUCCACGGCGAUGAAGACCGAAGACGAGGACGAAGACGAAAACUUGCUGCGCAGCACGAAGGACUUUGUCAUGAUUCCUCACACGACGGCCGUCCCGUCCAACCCCCCGCCCAACCCGACGCCGUCGCCCGUCUCCGACCGCAGCCUAAGCCGCUCGUCGCGACGCAACACUCGGUCCUCGCGCCGUGUGGUGGGCACUCCCGACUACCUGGCGCCGGAGGCUUUGCUGGGUACAGGACACGCCGCGCCGCUCGAUUGGUGGGCGCUGGGCGUCAUCAUGUUCGAGUUCUUGACCGGCUGUCCGCCGUUCAAUGACGAAACGCCGGAGGACAUCUUCCAGAACAUUCUCAGCGGCAAUGUUCCCUGGGUCGAGCUUCCGCCCGAGAUCUCUCCCGAAGCCCGAGAUCUGCUCAAGCGGCUACUCUGCGAAGACCCGAACCAACGCAUCGGCACCAAGUCCGUGGAUGAGAUUAAGAACCAUCCGUUCUUCGCCGGUGUCAACUGGAAGACGCUGCUGGAGAAGCCGGGCAUCUUCAUGCCGCGCCCCACCGACCAAUACGACACGGGCUACUUCUGGGACCGAACGGAUCUGUACGGCAACUCGGGUUCGAUGGGCUCCUUCCAGGGCGGAUCGGUGAAGUCGGAUGGCCAGCACAGCUCGGUCUCUCCGUCGGCCAUCCCGAUGAACGAUCAGAUCAAGGCCAUGAACUCCUUCGGCCGAUUUUCGUUCACCAACAUCCCGUUCCUGCUCGAGCGAGGCCUGGACGAGGCCACGCGGUCCAUCUCCAGCCUCACCGAGAGUGGCGACUCAGAGGACACGCGCGACCUUUCCCUGUCGGAGAACAGCUUCAACGAGGAUGACGGCCCGGAGAUCGUCCGCCCGGUAGCCGAGCUCUCGACGACCGCGAGCGAAACGGAGCCCGAGGAGCAGGAUGAGCCCGAGGACCCCAUGGAAGCUGUGGCGGCGGCCGCAGCGGCGGCUCUGGUGAGCGCCAACCGCGAAUGGGAGGGUAGCGACAACGAAGCCGAGGCCGGCCAAACGUCGGACGACGGCGGCGGAGGAGAUGUUACGCCCAGGUCGCGACGCGGCAGUCGAAGGGCGACGCGGCCCUUCAUUCGGCGACAGUCGCUCGAACCUGCCUGCCGGGAGAACGCCGACGGCUUCAGCAUCGCCGCCUUCUGGGCCAGCAAGAACGGCGACGGCGGCGAGCAGCUCGCUGCGCCCUUCCCCGGUGUUCCGUUCUACAAUGAAGCGCUGCCCGAGGGCCAGGGCGUGGCGGUCGACGAGUUGGGCGCCAUCGUUCACGGCCCCUUCCCGGGCAUCAAGCUCUACACCGAGCAUAGCAACCACCGGAGCCGAUCGAACUCGCUACGAUCCUCCACGUCGUCGGCGACUCUGUCGGACAGCGACGAUGGGAGCGACACGAGCACGAUGACCACCAGCGGCGGUGCCGCGGAUCCGACCGAAAGACGAAAGCGAUUGGAGCGCGCGACCUCGCUCUCGAGCAUCAUGGACAGCUUCGAGAUCGUGCCGACGCGCGAAAGGGGAAAUGACAAGCAGUGA